AUGGUCCAAAUCUUCGAUAAAUUCAAUCACUUCCAUAUAGCUGCUAUAUUCGCUAGGAAUAUAACGUCACUUAUGACAAAUGUCAAACGGGCUAAGAACUUCCUAACCGGCUUAGAACGCUGUUUAACCAAUACCUAUCUUAGUAUUCCAGAGGAAAAUUUCAUCUGUCAAUCUAUUGUGUACGGUAUUACUUUACCAGAUGAGUUAGCAGAAACUGAUGCAGAGGAUGACAAUGAAGAUGAAAGCUCCAAAACUUAAAAAAAUAUAUAUUUUUUACUAGUAAGAAUUUCAUAUUUCUUUUGUAACUUUUUUUGUGUUUUUUUUUUAAUAAUAAAC